UGACUGAGUUUGUGCGUCGUCAUCGCCGCUGAUGUCUCUGCUGCUGGUAUUUGUUUUUCGGUUCUCGGGUGCGGUUAUAUAAGUAGUGUGUGCCGGUCACAUUUCCGAACUAUUCUGCUGCGGGAGCUUGCCGCGACCAAGCGCAAAAUACGGGUCAGUGUGUGAUCGACGAACGAAGCGUACCAAUCAUGCCAAGCUAUUGCCUCAUCAUCGCGCUAAGCCUUCUGGGAUUGGUGGCGGCUAAGUCUUCGGACGGAGAUCGAGACCAGUGGGCCUGGCGAUCCUCCAAUCGCAGGGAGCGCUCCUUUCGGGACAUCGAUCGCAGCGGCCCCAUAAGGAAUUCGUACGACGAAAAGCUGAGGCGGGAGCCCACGACUCGAAGACCUUUUCCCGGAGAACCGGAGAAUGAUGAGAUAGAGGAUUACGCCGAUGUGGAGCCCACCAGGUCACCGGACACUCCCAACGUAGGUACCCGCCAGUAUAAUCCAUAUGGUGGUCAGAGCACUGCCGGGCAGUUCGGAGGACUGGGAGGGUAUAACGGCAACCCCGGCGUGCUAGUGGGACCUGGAGGACCCACUGGAAUCAUAGGGAGACCGCAGCUGUACCCUGCUCCUUAUCAGCCGGGCUAUGGCGGAUUCUCUGGAGCCCAAAGCGGCAUUGGUGGAUAUCCAGGCGGAUACGGCGGCGUAGGCCAGGCACUUCCCGGAGCUGUAUUCCCCGGAGCCAACGUGGGUGGUGGCUUCAAUAGCUUCCCCAGCAAUGGACUUGGCCUUAACCAGUUCCCUAGCAAUGGACUUGGCCCUAUCCAGUUCCCUAGCAAUGGACAAUACCCUUACGGUUCCUAUCCGGGUGGCGACUACGGUGGUAACCAGUUCGCGGGCGCAGCUGCCCAAUUCCCAGGACUGGCGCAGUAUCCCGCAAACCAACAGUUUGGAGGACCUCAGUACACCGAGGGCUAUGGUCUGGCAGGCGGCUUGGGCUUAGGUCAACUGGGAGUUGGCAACGGGGGACAAGGAUACGGCGGCAGUUUUCCACCGCUAGGUGGCUUCGGCUACGAUGAGAAAUCGCCAGCUGUGGCCGAGGGCAAAAGCGCUAAGAGUGUGGCAGCGUCACCCGGUAAAGUGAAUGAUAAGCUCAGUAAGAAGGUCUAGAACCUCUCGUUUAGAAGUGGAAGAAGAUAUGUUAAAGAUAUCGAACUGAAGCGAUUACUUUCCUACUCAUCCAUCCUGCGACCACACAGAUCUGCAGUCGAUUUAAAAAUUCCUGAAUCCUUGUUUCAUUCUCUUAGGCUGAGUUGUAAGUAGUCACCUUACUGUAGGCAUAGUUUACGAUAGAUUAAGCAAAUAAAUUUGCAUGU